CUAUUAAGACCGUUUACCUUACGUCGAUUCAUUUACAGUAAAUUAUAAAUCGAUUCUUUGCAUUUUAAUUACGUUUCCUCCUGUAAAAAAUCGCGUAAUUUCAGCUAAUACUAAAACAUAUUUAUUAAAAUAUAACAUCUAACCGUUCUUUGUAAUUCGUCUAACAGAUUUAUUUAAAGUUUAUUCCAUCGUUAACGUACUUAAACAAACUUAAACUGUAAUUACAAUUCGAUAAAUUUUGUGGUUAAUGUAAUGUUAUACUAAUUUAUGUAAAUUAUGAUAGAGUUUGACACGUGUCAUUUCGGGUUCGCACUAAUUAUCCAUUCUAAAUCCUGAAACUUAAUUGCGAUCUGCAUUAAGUUUGUACGGAAUUUUACAUUAAAUUUUGAAUUCUCGCAGAGUAAAUAGGAGCUUAAAAAUAAUGACCGAAGGACGUCACUGUCAGGUGGUCCUAUUAGAUGAACGACGUCUGGAAAUACUUGUAAAGCCUAAACUCUAUGCAGGAGAUUUGUUAGAUAUGGUCGCUUCCCAUUUUUCAAUCAAAGAAAAAGAAUAUUUUGGUCUAGCUUUUGUCGAUGACACGGGUCAUUUUAAUUGGCUACAAUUAAAUAGAAGGGUACUAGAACAUGAAUUACCAAAGAAAGUAACACAGAAUUCAUUUGUACUGCACUUUUUGGUGAAGUAUUUUGUGGAGAGUAUUACUCAGUUAAGAGAUGUUGCUACAGUAGAGGCAUUUUAUCUACAAGCUCAAUUAUUAAUAUUUAAUGGAACAAUAGAAGUUGAUAGUGACACAUCAUUCCACUUGGCUGCCCUUGUCCUUCAAGCAACUCAUGGCGAUUAUGUUGAUGAAAAGACAACAAAAGAACAAUUAAAGAAACUGCCUGUUCUUCCAACUAAUGUCUUGAAAGAACAUCCUUCACUUCCUGUUUGUGAAGAACAAAUUAUUGGGCAUUAUUGUAAGAUAUCUGGACAAUCUAGAGGAAUAGCAAUAGUAAAUUACAUGACAGUUGUUGAAAGUUUACCAACAUAUGGUGUUCAUUAUUUUGAAGUAAAGGAUAAAACUGGUAUGCCCUGGUGGUUAGGAAUAAGUUUCAAAGGAAUUAGUCAAUAUGAUCAUUCAGAUAGAAAAAUACCAAGAAAGAUGUUUUUGUGGAAACAGUUGGAAAAUUUAUAUUUCAGAGACAGAAAAUUUUCUAUUGAAGUUCACGAUGCUCAAAGACUUCCUGCAAACAGAAGAACAUUUGGACCUGGAAAUGUAACUGUAUAUGUGUGGUUUACAAUUUCUCCAAUACUAACAAAGUCAAUAUGGAGCAUGGCUGUAUCUCAACAUCAGUUUUAUUUAGAUAGAAAACACGGAAAAACGUUACCUCCUGUUGCUCGUAAUCUUGGAGAUAUAGCAUCAGAAUUAUCCAGAAGUGCUCACUCAAUAUCAUCGUCAUCAGGUUCUCAUACUAAUCUUAGUCUCAGUGCAAGUUCCCAUAGUUUACCAGCUCUUAAAUUAGAAGGAGAUGUGAAUGAAGAUACAAGAGCUGCUUAUGAAGAAGUAAUGAAAACUCUUAAAUUACAAAAAGAAAAUUUAGAAGAAACAUUGUAUAAAAAGUUAGAAGAAUUAAAAUUUCUUUGCUUCAAAGAAGGUGAACUGAUUGGAGAACUUCCUCCAGAAACUCCCUUAGAAUUGUUUGGAGAGUCUCUAAAUACUGGAUACACGGUAGAUGAUAUGUUGCUCAAACAGAAAAGUGAAAAUAAAGAUGAUGAAAUUGCUAAAUUGGAAAUAGACUGUGAAAUUCAAAGAAAACUGACAAAGGCUGUUUUUAGAUUAACAAAUGAUAGUAAAGCCUCCAAAACUAUCAGACGUCAAAGGAAACUGUCAUAUCAACAGUCUCAAGCAAAAUUAAAGCAAAUAGAAAAUCAGCUGUCAGUUAUGAAAAAACAAAAUGAAGUUAAAGAACAAGAAGUCUCUUCAAAUGAAGAACAAAACAAAACAUUCCUCAACCAAAUUAUAAAUGAGGAUGAUCCUGUAUUUAAAGAGCAUGGAGUGAAUCUUUCUAAUAUUUAUGUUGAUACAUCUGGAAUGAAGGAAUCUUGUUCUUUAGAUAAUCAAAAUCCUUUAACAUCUGCAUCAUUUUUGUCAUCCUACGUUACACCCGGAUCAAAUUCUGCUCCUCCUAGUCCAACUAAAUACAGACACCAUACGACCAGGUCUUCAAGCUCUCGUCCUUCUACUCCUUCUUCGACAAAUAGUGGCAGAGUGUGGAAUCAAGCUUUAAAUGGCCAAGGAUAUACUCCAAAUUCUGUCUAUCAGACCUCUUAUCGCAAUCAACAAUACCCUAUAUUAUCUAGUUACUCCACAGGUUCGGAUUCAAACAGCGGUAGUGCAUUAUCAUUAAAAUCGCCUUACCAAAAUAGGUUUGAAUCGACUUUAAAUAUCGAGGGUUCUAAUUUGUACAGUGUUCCGACUCAAAGAACUAGUCAAGCAUUUGAUAGUCAAGAUGAUAUUUUAGCCAAUUUUCCCAGCAAAACGGAAGAACCUAAUUUUGGUUUGAUUUCUAGACACAAUAGCCUGGACAGUAGCCGUCGUCACAGUUAUAAACAUCUUCAUCAGCUAAACGAUUCAUCGGAUGAUAAAAGUCAAACUAAAUCAAGCUAUGAAAAACACAUGAGUUAUACAAUGGGUGAAAAUUUAGGAAAAUGUAAUCAUCAUCAGACGUCGCAUCAGCAUUAUCAUUCUUCUCUACACUGUGUUCAUCAUCACUAUUAUCAUCAUCACCACCACCACAUUAAUCAUCUUCCUUUGUCAGCAGAGAAAAAUUUGUAUAGCCUUAAUAAAAUAGAACAAACUUCCAUACCUCAAACCAGUACCAAAAAUAUGUAUCUGUCAACGUCUCACCAUCAGUACAAUCAUAUGUGCCACACUGGAUUAAUGACUCAACAUGCAACUAUUAAUGCAAUGGUAGAAUCUUAUGUGCCAAAUAUUCCCAAAGCUAGUAAAGCCAGUAAUGUAGCAACGUCUCCAAGAAAUAAGGUAAAAACAUGGACAGAAACUUCGUUAGAUUCUCCAAUUCCUUCUCACAAACCCGAAACGUCUGCGUUUGGAUUCAAAAACCACCAACUAAAUCCCGAAACAUCUGUAUUUUUACAGUUACCUGCAGAAAGCAAUUUACAAGAAAAAAUGUGGACUGGAAACAAUUUUGAUAAAAAGUUUAAUUUACAUUCUUCAUUUGGUCAAAGGCAAACAAAUAUCAUUUCUCCUGGUCAUUUUCAACCUUAUUGGGAAGAGACGAAACCUUACGAAAUAUCGGAUUUUUAUAAAUAUAGUGUCAAACACAGAAAGAGUCUUCAACAGAAUCAAGAAAAAGCAGAUGAUUCCUCACCACAGGAUAAAAAACAUAAUGCAAGUGUAAAUGUUGAAAAUGCAACAGGGUGUGUUUCUCUGUACAGAGAGAACCCUCCAGAAGAUGGCUACUUUGAGGAAAAACUGGAAACUUCGAUCGCCGACGGUUUCCACGAAGAAAUGAUCGCGUGGUAUCAAGAUCAAGAGAACAUAAACAAGGCCACGCUGGUGUGAAAAUACUUUAAUCAUGUUUUGUAAAUAACACUUUAAAACUUGUUUAAAAAGAAAUUUUAGAGAAUCUACACAAUAUUGCAUUUGAUAUAUGGUUAAUAAUUGUUGAAAAAUACUUUUAAAAUGAAACCUUUUAAUUCCGGUAGCUGGUUUACCAGAAGAAAAAAGGGGUAACAGAUAUAUUUUAAUAGUAGUUUCUCUUGUAAAACGAUAGAUAACUUUGUGCAAAUAUUAAUUUUAAAAUAAAAUGCAAAAUUCAUCUGUACACAGUAUUAACAGAAUUAAUUAUUAUUAUUAUUUUCUUCCGAUAAAUUUAUAUUUAUUAUGUUAAUUUAAAAAUGAAAUAUUUAUUGACACGAGCGCAUUCGUUCUUGUAAAUAUUAACAGGUUAAUUGUUAAAAAGGUUGAACGUUUUUCACUCCGACCUCUUUAUUAUGAAUUGUGCUAAAUUAUGAUUCGAGAGGCAAUAGUUGGCUGAUUGUUAUUCAUUUUGUGAGGCGGUAUGCAAUAUUGUUGUGAUUUCUGUUUUAAUCUACUGUUAUGUAUUUAUAAGUUAAAUUUGCACCAAAAUAAAUUAUGUAUUUUAUUA